AUGGUCUCACCAAAACAACAGAACAAAGGUGUUCGACGAAUUGACUUCAAUGUUGGGUCCAGCUCAAAUUCUUUCGAGGCUCUAGCUACUGUUGGGGACGUUGAAGUUUAUGCAAUAGUUCUACAUGAUAGUGGGAUGUCCAAACAACUGGUACUAAUGCCCAACAAGGAUCGAGGAGGACAAGGUGCUGCUCGGGGGCUGGAGUAUCUACAUCACGGCUAUGACAGACCUGUUAUGCACUGUGAUGUCAAGUCUAGCAACAUCUUGUUAGAUGAAAAGAUGAAGCCCAAAAUUGCUGAUUUUGGACUAGCUAAGGUUUUGCAGUAUGCUUACACAACCAAGGUGACCGAGAAGAGUGAUGUCUACAGCUUCGAAGUGGUACUAAUGGAAUUGGUGACCGGAAAGAAGCCCGUGGAUGCAGAGUACGGGGAAAACAAUGACAUAGUCCAAGGAGAGGAAGCUAUAGAGGGUAUGAAUCAGAGCAAAACAGGACAAGAAGGUGCAGGGGAUAGUACUGCUAAAUCAAAAUAUAAUAGAGUAGAUCCAAACAAACAGGCAGCCAAGGUGCAGAUUGCAGCAGAGGUUACUGUUCCAUUGGAAACACUCCAAUUCCAAAAUGACAACAACACAUGUAACAAACAAGUGAUUGACAUGCAGAAGAACACAGAUCUUUGGGCUACAGAUGGGGCAAAAGGAGUUGAAAUGCAAGAAGAUCAGACAAACAAAGACCUGGAUGAGGAGUCAACUGCACAGAAUUUUCUCAAUGUACUAAACAAGGAGAUUUAUCUCCUAGGCAUAUUGAGCAGGUGA